UACUCACUACUGACUACUGAGUCAACCACGAUUUAAUCACAAAAUAAAUAAAAAAUAAUCAUCUGCUCUGCUUUCUCCAUUUCCCAUUUGUUUCCUUCUCGAAACUGUUCCGGUCGUCUCUCCCUUAAAUCCUAAACCUCUUUUUUUACUUCUUUUCUUUUAGCAGUAUUUGGUAUAGUUUUGUUGAUCAAGAGUAAGGAGGUGCAGGAGCAGGAGCAGGAGCAGGAGUAAGAGGAAAAUGUCGAAUUUGUACGGCGGAGGUGGUGGAGCAAAUCUGAAUCAGAAAAUUGAUUAUGUGUUCAAAAUAGUACUGAUUGGGGACUCUUCGGUCGGCAAGUCGCAGCUGCUAGCUCGGUUCUCCAGAAACGAGUUUAGUCUCGAUUCCAAGGCCACAAUCGGGGUCGAAUUCCAGACGCGGACUGUCGUAAUCGAUCACAAAACCGUCAAAGCUCAGAUUUGGGACACCGCCGGCCAAGAAAGAUAUCGUGCAGUAACAAGUGCAUAUUAUAGAGGUGCAGUGGGGGCUAUGCUGGUUUACGACAUUACCAAGCGUCAAUCAUUUGAUCAUGUUGCUAGGUGGUUAGAGGAACUGCGGGGCCAUGCUGAUAAAAAUAUCGUUAUCAUGCUUGUAGGCAACAAGACUGACCUUGAGAGUCUUCGUGAUGUAUCCACUGACGAUGCUAAAGAGUUUGCCCAGAAGGAAAACUUAUACUUCAUGGAAACCUCAGCACUGGAAGCAACUAACGUCGAACCUGCAUUCAUUACAGUUCUAACAGAGAUAUAUCGAAUUGCCAGCAAGAAAUCUCUUGUCGCAAAUGAGGAAGCAGAAUCAGAAGGAAAAUCAGCUCUUCUCACGGGAACCAAGAUAGUUGUCCCUAGCCAGGAGCCUGUACCAGGGGGAACAAAGUACAGCUGUUGUGGAUCUUCAUGAGAGAACCCUUUCAUGGGAAAUAUAUCUCUUUACACUAUGAAGCAAGGAUUCCGUCUAACUGUCUAGACACAUACAAACACACACCAUAUACAUCUCUCUGUAGUGCAUGCUAGGAUUAAGCGCACGUCUUUUUGAAAAAUCUCAACAGUUAAUUCUUCCAAGGAGAUGCUGCUGAGUGAAUUACAGAUCCCCCUAUAUGAGGUCAGUUUUCCCCUCAUUUUCCAGAACUCGUUGUCAUCUAAUAGUGUUGGUGUUGCCCGGAUAUUCUAAAUAAACCUUGUUGCUUUCGGGUCUUGCAAAAAAGUGAAGCCGAGAAGAGUCCUCACCUCAAAUUUAGAGCGCAACACUUGUUAUUUUGAGUGAACUGAAGCUUAAAUCAAGUACAAAUGCAUUCAUCUUUGCUUGCUGUAUAAUAAAUACGUCCUUGUGACCUAUGUUGACAAUGCUGUUCGUGGUGGGCGAUUGUAUGAGCAGCUAUUUAGCAGAGUCUGUGCAUUCAUUCUUCCUGUAUGUUCCGGGCUUACUUGAAAACUCUGUUGUCGGGCAUAAGUAUGCUAGUUUAAUGCAUUUCACAAAUAUGGUGCUUUCUAAA